AUGUCUUACCUAGCACGACGUAAAUCUAAACCUGGAUUCAAACGGUGUACGGAGACGAAUUAUACUGUUAGUAAUUUGCCUAGUUUGCGACGUAAACGAACUAUCGCGUAUAAUCGUAUUACGAAGGCUCUCGAGGUGGGGAAGUUAAUUGAAACCGAUGCAUCACAGACCGAGUUAUUUCUUUCAUAUUGUCAGGAAAUAAAAAACAUCGCGGAUAGUUUUCAAGAGGCACACUUCAUCAUUUUGGACCUUUUAAACGAGGAAGCCGAUGAUGUAGAUACCGAGAUCCAGGAGAAUUUCGAUGAAAUGUACUUUCGGGUCGUUGCAAUUCAACGUAAAUAUCAACAGGGUUCGUCGCAAGAAUUAAAUAAUGCGAGGCGUGAUUCGUUCAUGGGUGCGCAGAGCAAUAUGCGCUUACCGAAAAUUUCACUUCCGGUAUUUUCUGGUGCUAUCAAGGAAUGGCCUGAAUUUAUCGCGACUUAUGAUGCGUUGAUUCAUCAAUCAACAAUUCUAAGUGAUAUCGAGAAAUUUCAUUAUUUGGUGUCGGUGUUGCGGGGUGAUGCGUUAUCGUUAAUUAGAACGUUUCCGGUCGCUGGUGAACAUUAUAUAAGUGCAUAUGAUGCUCUCAAGUCCCGCUAUGAGGAUAAACGUGAAUUGGCAUUUGCGUGCUGGCGCGAUAUUUUGGAAGUAAAUUUCAAAACUUCACACGCUCAAGAUUUCCGACAUGCGUUAAAUACAAUAGAUGAAAACUUGACUAUUUUGAAAAAGUUGAAGUUACCUACCGAGCACUGGGACUUCGUACUUUGUUACAAUAUUUUGUCAAAACUAGAUACUAAACUGAGACGCGAGUUUGAGGAAAGGCACAUCGACAUCGAGCUGCCACAAUAUCAACAUAUAAGGGCGUUUUUACACUCUAAGAGUGAAGCGCUGAUACGCGACACGCACUUCUCCGCCGUUACUACUAAAACUUCACAAGUUAGCAAGGAAGCAUCAGGUGCCUUUCAAAAAUCGAAGCGACCUACCGUCACGCAUUCGCUUGUCGCCCCCACCGUCGAGCAUUCGCUUGUCGCCCCCACCGUCGACAUGUCUAAGAAGAAGGUUGGUGACAAACAAGAGGGUAAACCAACUCGUGUUGCGACAACCUCCAAACUUAUUCGUAAGUGUUCAUACUGCAGUGCAGAACACCACAUAACGGCUUGUAAAGAUUUCUUGUCUAAAUCCGGGGACGAGCGCAUGGCUGUAGCUGGCGAACGGAAAUGGUGCUACAAUUGUCUCAACUCGUCUCACUCGGUGCGAGAGUGCACAUCGAUAUUUUCGUGUCGAAAAUGUCAUCGUAAACAUCACACUCUACUACAUCGAGACCAAGUGUGGAACGACCCUAACACCGCGCGCGAUCACUCACAAUCGGUAGCCCUAGUUGCUAAGAAAUCUUUUACCUCAUCUUACCCGUCCGCGAACACGACCGUGUUACUGGCCACUGCCAUGGUUCAAAUUCGUGACACAAGUGGUGAAUUUCAUACGUUCCGAGCAUUGUUUGACACGGGUAGUCAAAAUAAUUUUUUGACAGCACACGCCGCUAAGCAACUUGGGCUCAAGCCUAGAGCCGUCUGCGCCGAGGUACAUGGCUUGGGGGGUGCUCCUGCCUCAGUCAAUGGCGUCGUGACGUGCGACCUCGGCACUAAUGACAACGUUAAAUUUCAUCUCGAGAUGCUUGUCAUACCGAACAUCUGCGGAGAUCAACCCAUCGCAAGGCUCAACACGGAUGGAUGGAAUGAUGUCAAGACAUUACCGUUAGCAGAUCCUGGUUUUGACAUCCCUGGUCCGAUCGACGUCUUGUUAAAUGCCGACGUUUUCGCUGAAUCGUUGCUCGAGCAGCGUUUGAAGGGUAACGGGUCUCGACCGCAAGCACUGAAUUCAGUUUUCGGAUGGCUUCUCCUAGGGAAGUCGCGACUCGCAUCCUCUCCUUCAUGUUUGAUGGGAUUAGCACCUCCUAGCAUGGACGAGAGCUUAAAUAAAAUAGUUCAGCGUUUCUGGGAAAUCGAUAACGUUCCACAAUCUUCUCAAUUAACCCCAGAUGAGCAAGUUUGUGAAAAUAUUUUCACUCAUGACCACUACCGUGACGAGACUGGAAGGUAUCACGUCGUUCUUCCUUUCAAGAACAACUCGGAGCCUCUUUUUGAAGGCUCUCGAGCGAUAGCCUUACGGCGCUUCCAUGCCAUUGAGAAGCGGUUGUCUCGUGAUCAAUCGUUAAAACAACAGUACACCGAUUUCAUGACUGACUACAUCGAAAGUGGUCACAUGACUCUGGUACCUGCUAAGCACAUGGGUUUAGGCAAGUACUACAUACCGCACCACUGCGUCUUACGUCCCGACAGCUCCACGACGAAACUCCGCGUGGUGUUCGACGCCUCGGCUAAGGACGCAAAUUCAAAAUCGCUUAACGAUUCGCAACUUGUAGGUCCAAAGCUGCAAUCCAACAUCGUGGAGAUUCUUCUCCAUUACCGGGAACACAACGUCGUCUUUAUGGCGGAUGUGCGCCAAAUGUACCGCCAAAUUAACGUAGCUCCUCAUCACCGUGAGUACCAGCGCAUUUUCUGGCGGGCUCACCCAGAUGAGCCUCUCCAAGAAUACGUUUUAAAUACCGUCACCUACGGAGUAUCUUCUUCCCCGUUUCUGGCAUGUCGCACCAUCCAGCAGCUGGCCAAUGACGAGGGUCAUCAUUACCCUAAGGCCAAGGCCGUUUUAACUUCCGAUAUUUAUAUCGAUGACAUCGUCACCGGAAGUUCAACGAUGGAGGAUGCCUGCGAUAUCAAAUCGCAAGUCAUCGCUCUUCUCGCUCGCGGGUGCUUUGAGCUACGCAAAUGGGUGAGCAAUCGACCUGAGCUUCUAAGUGACCUUCCCUCAGAAGCGUGUCUUUCGGAAGCUAUUACUUUUAACCAAGCCGAAGACACAACCGUGAAAGUUCUUGGGCUGAAAUGGGAGCCUGGCUCAGACUCAUUUGUUUUUAACGUCCAACCGUCAAAUCAUCCUUGUACCAAGCGAACGAUUCUGAGUGAGGUAGCCAGGGUCUUCGAUCCUUUGGGAUUUCUGUCGCCUCUAAUAAUUCAAGCCAAGUGCUUAAUCCAAAAACUUUGGAUCCUCGGCGUUUCGUGGGAUGAUACUCCCCCAUCGGAAAUUGUUGCACAAUGGAACAACUUUUCUCAACAACUUCCACAAAUCAGAGAACUUAAGGUUCCUCGCGGGUUCGUUAUCGAAGGUGCUCGAUCGUAUCAACUGCAUGGGUUCUGUGACAGCUCUGAACUUGCGUACGGCGCCGUCAUUUAUCUACGUGUCACCGAAUCUGACGGUUCCAUUCGCCUCUUCCUUGUUUGUGCACGAGCUCGCGUCGCGCCUUUGAAGAGGCAGUCGCUGCCACGGCUGGAACUUUGUGCUGCGGUUCUACUUGCUGACCUUAUGAAAUUCGUCAAGGAGACAUUGCGGAUUCCCAUCCACAACACUUAUCUUUGGAGCGAUUCCACCGUUACCUUAGCUUGGCUGCGGUCCCCUUCUUCGCGAUGGGUAACUUUUGUCGCAAAUCGUGUCAGUCACAUCCAGGACACAGUUCCUACCGAAUGUUGGAGGCAUGUGCCCUCUGCGACCAAUCCAGCUGACAUUUGCUCUCGAGGACAGCUGCCAACGGAACUAUUAACCAACACGCUAUGGUGGGCGGGCCCCGAGUGGCUCUCUCAACCGCCGUCUGAAUGGCCAACAGACAUAUCUAAAUGUCAGACGCAGGAGGACGUUGUAAUUCCCGAACAACGUAGUACCGUUCUCAUCGCUAAUGAAACCGAGACCACUUCGAAAACGUCCAUAAUUGAUCACCUGUUCGAGAAGUAUUCAUCCCUUGAUAAAAUUUGUCGGAUCGUAGCGUAUAUCCGUAGAUUUUGCGUUAACUCGUGCGUUGAAGGUCCACGACCUGCGAGUCUUGUCGUGACGGACGUUGAAUAUCAUCGUGCUCUCCUGAUGAUCGUCAAACAUUUCCAGAACCGUUUUUUCUUUGACGUUAUAUCAAAUCUGAGGUUGCAAAAACAGUUGCCUCGCCACUUCCGUAAGUUAAAUCCUUUCCUGGAUGAUCAAGGUAUUCUCAGGGUGGGCGGACGGCUGGCUCGCUCUGGUCUUGAAUUCGAACACAAGCACCCGGCAUUGCUGCCCAGGAAAUGUGUGCUCACCACAGCAGUAAUCGAAUCCAUUCAUCGGAAGAAUCUUCAUCCCGGUCUGAACACCACGCACUACCUGAUCUUACAGCAGUUCUGGAUUCUGGCAGCUAAGCGUGCCGUGCGUCAACACCUCUCGAAGUGUAUACGAUGCUUUCGUCUCCGUCCUCAACCAUUGCAACCGUUUAUGAGCGACCUUCCCGCCUUCCGCGUCAACCAGGCAAAAGCGUUCUCUCAAGUUGGGGUGGAUUUUGCGGGUCCCUUCCGGAUCAAACUGGGUAUCCAUCGCGGUGCUAAAAUCGAUAAGGCUUACUUAUGUUUAUUCGUCUGUCUGAGCACCAAAGCUGUACACCUUGAAGUAGUGUCCACUUUAUCGACUGACGGUUUCAUCGCUGCGUUGCGUCGUUUUGUCUCCCGUCGGGGCCGUUGUAACAUCAUACAUUCAGAUUGUGGCACAAACUUCGUCGGUGCAGCCUCGCAACUCGCAUCAUGCAUGGAGCAAGCAACGAACUCAGAACGGAUUGCAUUUAAACGUAACCCCCCAUCUUCUCCACAUUUCGGUGGAGUGUGGGAAAUUCAAGUGAAAGCCGCGAAAAGUCAUUUAUAUCGGAUUGUUGGUGAUCAAACUCUAACCUUCGAGGAGCUUACCACGCUCUUCACUCAAAUCGAAUCGAUUUUAAACUCCAGACCCUUGUAUCCAUUAAGCUCUGACCCUAACGAUUUGAACGUUCUUACACCUGGUCAUUUCUUGACGCUGGAACCUCUUACGGCGGUUCCCGAUCCAGAUUACUCUAAUGUUAAUCUUAAUCGUCUAAGCCGAUGGCAACUGAUUCAAUCGUUCCAACAGCAAUUUUGGAAACGUUGGAAACAAGAAUAUCUACACGCGUUAACUCAGCGGGCAAAAUGGACUAAAGACUCAAAACAAUUAACCGUAAAUUCGAUCGUGCUUAUUAAGGAUGAUAAUCGACCUCCACUCCAAUGGGCAUUAGGACGAGUAGUCUCCUUACACCCUGGGCCUGAUGGAGUGAUUCGAGUAGCUACUUUAAAAACUAGAGAUCACAUAAUUAAGAGACCUUUAGUUAAAUUGUGCCCUCUGCCAACCGAAUAA